AUGCCGUCCGCCACUGCAUCUGGGGCCGACACUGGGGGCUCUGCGAAAUCCCGCGAGCAUAACCAAGGGAACCAGGAUCGGAAAUACACGCCCGAACAGAAGGCCGCCGUGCUCAGAAUCCGCAAGUGCUCGACGACGGCGUUUUACGAGAUCCUAUCGUUGGAGAAAUCCGCUUCGGAUGGCGAGAUUAAGAAGGCGUAUCGGAAACUCAGUCUGUUGACGCAUCCGGAUAAGAAUGGUUAUGAUGGGGCGGAUGAGGCAUUUAAGUUGGUAUCGCGGGCUUUCCAGGUUCUCUCGGAUCCCGACAAAAAGUCAAAGUACGAUAAGUUUGGAGGAGACCCCGAUAGCAGAUUCACGCCCAGCGCUGGUCCCUCGGGAGGCUCGCCUUUCGGUGGCUUCAGCGGCGGUGGCUUCCCGCGGUCUGGAGGUGGCCCGGGCUUCGAGGAGGAGAUAUCGCCGGAGGAGCUGUUCAAUCGGUUCUUCAACGGGGGCUUUGGGGGUGGGUUCAGCCCGUUCGGUGGUCCGCAGUUUGUCUUCAACAUGGGAGGAGGCCCUGGGUUCCGAGUCCAUCAGUUUGGAGGCGCCCGGCCGCGGAGACGACCUCGUGAAGCCAAUGCGCAAUCCGAACCAGCUCCGUCGGGCUGGGCGGCGUUCCAGCAACUCUUGCCUCUCAUCCUCCUCUUCGUCCUUCCUCUGCUUUCUUCGCUUUUCUCUGGCUCCUCUUCUCCCUCCGGCCCUACGUAUAGAUUCGAUACUGCGGUGCCUCCGCAUACGAUGCAACGGACGACUCCCAAAUUGAACCUCAACUACUUUGUCAACCCCGGCGACGUGGAAGACUACAGCGCCCGGAAAUUCCGCCAGUUAGACCAACGAGUGGAGGUGGACUACGUCUCCAAGCUUCGAUACGAAUGCGAGAGCGAAGUACACGCCCGGGAACGAAUGAUCCAGGAAGCCCAGGGCUGGUUUUUCCCCGACGUAGAAAAGAUGAAGGAGGCGAGAGCCAUGGAGCUGAAGAGUUGUCGGCGGUUAGACAACCUGAAAGGGAGGUAUUAA